GCGCACAUCCACACUGUCUGCCGGGGACCGCCUGAGAGUGGUAGCAAGGCAGACAGGUGCCACACCUGAGGACUGGCUUCUGCUGAUGGAGGUGUGCAGGACACCUGGCUGCUAGCAGACGAUACGUGAGGAAGAUCGGGAUUGACAGUGAGGUGAAUGCAAGAUGUUUCCUUGGUCAGCCGUCUUCUCCCUGGAGCCCAAGGUUCCUGGCCAGCGCAGCGCCGAGGAGCUGGUGACCAACACCCUGAUGCUGGAGUUGGGCGCCAUGGUGAAGCGCACGGAACGCAUCCGCCUGGAACAGGCCUCAGAGGGCCACCGCCGCCGCCGGCGCAGCUCCUCCUCCUCCUCCGCAGCCGACUACAGCUGGCUGGCCAAGGUGCAGACCCCGCAGCCCUACCAGCUGACCCCCAAUGACCUGCUGGAUCUGCAGGACCUCUGCGCCAAGGUCCCGCCUGCCCAGUGCGGUCCUGUCAUCGUCAGGUUCAGGAGACUGGUGUCCCAGAUGGAGCCCGAGGUCCAGGAGGUCCCCCGUCUGUUCCGCUCGGUGCUCCGUGACUGCUUGGAGGAGCUGAGGUCAGAGGAAGGAGGCGUCCACAUGCGAGAGCACACCUCCAUGAAGCAGCGGCGUAGCAAGAGCCUCUCCUUCCUCACUUUCCGCACCAAAUUCCAAAAGGGCUGCUCGUUCGGGGGGAGCGGGCCGAGGGGUUCCAGGGGGAACCUGCAGCAGCAGCUGGAAUGGUCGGACGAGGAGGACGACGACGACGGACAGGACGGGGAGGAGGAGGCCAUCAAGGCCAGAUGCAGGAAGGGGAGGAGCCAGAGCAUGCCGGAGAUCACACCUUUGGAGCAAAGUGCACAGGGCUGAAGACGGGGGAGGGGUCACAGGUCACCAAAGAUAUGGCGCUUCAUUUUACUGCAAACAUACAUAUGGUCCCAUUCAUCAGUUUACCUGACACAUGAAACAUGACAAAUUGCACGAUCCACUUUAGCCAGGCAGUAUAUGUCUUACAAUGUGUUUUUGGCCAUUUCAAGGUUGACCACAGUUUGGAGUGACGCUUUCCAUCAUUUUCAGCACACAUAACGAUCACCCCGCCCCUUCCUUCCACGCUGAAUGGAUACUUUCCUUCCAUGUGUUCCUAGCCCCUUUCUGCUCCACCACUGACCAGAGUAUAAUCAUGUGUUUUAGUCAAAAAUAUGCAUGAAAUGAAAUUAAAGUGGAAAUCAAAAUAGUAUAAAAAUAUUUUCACCCAACAAAAAAACAUGUUAUGCCCAUUUGUC